UCGCACGCUGCUGCGUUUGUUCCCCGCACCGAGCGAGUGCUACGGUCCACGCUUCUUAUUCUGAUUCUCCUUGGUCCUACUACUGUCAUGCCUCGGGGGAGCCGCAGCGCGGCUGCCAGGCCGGCCAGCCGCCCAGCACACCCUCCUGCGCACCCACCACCCUCAGCGGCCGCCCCAGCACCUGCCGCUUCGGGCCAGCCGGGCCUUAUGGCUCAAAUGGCAUCCACCGCUGCUGGUGUAGCUGUGGGCUCAGCUGUAGGGCAUGUCAUGGGUAAUGCCCUGACCAGCGCCUUCAGUGGGGGAAGCUCGGAGCCUGCCCAGCCUGCUGUCCAGCAGGCCCCUGCCCGUCAGGCGUCUUACCCCCUACAGAUGGGGCCCUGCUCCUAUGAGAUCAAGCAGUUCCUGGAUUGCUCGACCACUCAGAGUGACCUAACUCUAUGCGAGGGCUUCAGUGAAGCUCUGAAGCAGUGUAAAUACAAUCACGGUCUGAGCUCCCUGCCCUGAGGAGGCCAUGGGCCUGCUCUUACCCUUAACCCCUCACCGACAGCCCUGACCAAGAUGAGAUUGUACGUGGAACUGGAGUAAGGAGGGUAAUUCUCACCCUGCUGAUUAACAAAAGACAUAAAUGUUCAAUUAAAGAGUUUACUGUAGA